UUUCUAAUAAUAGGAAAACCACAAAUCGUUAACUGCUGACAAUAAUAUUUCAAGCCAUGGAUUUAAUGUUCAUGGCGCUCAGUUAUUUUAAACGGCGUAAAUUUGAGGAGAGUGCAGAGUUAUGUACUAAAAUCUUGGAGAAAAAUCCUUAUGACCAGGCAGCAUGGGCAUUGAAGGCUCGCUCACUCACCGAGCAAGUUUACAUUGACGAGGUUGAAGCAGAGGAACAAGGGAUCGCUGAGAGCGUUAUGGAUGACGUUUCUGUUGCGCAAGUAUCUCGCCCAGGUACAAGCUUGCGUGCUGUAACCGGUGCUUCAGGUCCCAGUCCAGCAGUAAGACCCGUGUCACAAUCUGGUCGUCCUCUCAGUGGAUUUGUAAGACCAGGCACACAGUCAGGUAGACCAGGUACAAUGGAACAAGCUUUAAGGACACCACGAACUGCACACACUGCGCGACCUGUGACCAGUGCCAGCGGACGCUUUGUGCGACUCGGAACAGCAUCCAUGUUAUCAAGUCCUGAUGGGCCAUUUAUCAACGUAUCAAGGUUGAACUACAGUAAAUAUGCAGCAAGACCCAACCUUGCAAAGGUUCUGUUUGAAUACAUAUUUCAUCAUGAAAAUGAUGUAAGAAAUGCCUUAGAACUGGCAGCGCUUGCCACUGAACAAGCUCAGUUUAAAGACUGGUGGUGGAAAGUACAGCUGGGGAAAUGUUAUCAUAGAUUAGGGAUGUUUCGUGACGCAGAACAACAAUAUAAGUCUGCAUUGAAGCAGCAAGUAAUGCUGGAUACUGUGCUACUGCUGGGAAAAGUAUACCAACGCAUGGACCAACCAUUGCAAUCUAUUGCAACUUAUAAACAAGGAUUGGAAAAGUUCCCAGACGACAGAUCACUGCUUGUUGCCAUUGCAAGAGUGCAUGAUGAAAUGGGUCAGCUCGAUGAUGCCACCAAGUGGUAUAAAGAUGUGUUGGAAACUGAUGGAGUCAACGUGGAAGCAAUCGCUUCAAUUGCUGCAAACUAUUUUUACACAGAUCAACCGGAAAUUUCAAUAAGGUUGUAUCGCCGUUUGCUUCAGAUGGGCAUACACAAUGUUGAAUUGUUCAAUAACCUCGGCUUGUGUUGCUACUUUGCCCAGCAAUAUGACAUGACAAUGAAUUGUUUUGAUCGAGCGUUGUCAUUGGCUGAGGAUGAACAGCUAGGAGAUGUGUGGUACAAUAUAUCGCAUGUUGCGCUGGGCAUUGGAGACAACAAUCUCGCUUACCAGUGUUUGCGUCUCGCUAUCGCUGCAGAUAAUGGCCACACGGAGGCGUACAAUAACCUGGCAGUUCUGGAACUCCGCAGAGGUGACGUUGAACGAGCGAAAAGUUUGUUGAGGUCCGCUGCAGAGUUGGCACCACAUGCGUACGAACAUCAUUACAAUCUGGCAACACUGGCUGAAAAUGCUGGUGAUCUCCAGACAAGUUAUUCCUCAGUUCUAAAGUCAGUUGCUGCAUUUCCUGAUCAUAUGGACUCAAAAAACCUUCUCAAAACAUUGAAACAGCAUUUUGAGAGUUUGUGAGUCAUUGGCCACUCUUCAAUGCACUUUAUGAUGUCAUAAUGCACUGCGUGAUGUCACAGUUCUGUUUCAGCAAGCACCAGUUGAAGAAAAUUUAAUGCAAUUUUAUUUUUGUUUAUUUUUAUAUUUAAAACUGAAAUCUUCAUAUAAAAAGUAAAUUCACAAAUACACUGUGUGCGCGUGUGGUUUUGGACACUGUUUAACUUUGUUAUAUGAUUUCAAUUUUUUUGGUGCUGCACCUUAUUUGACCAAGUUAAAUUUAUUUUUGUUACAUUUCAGAAAUUUGUAUCUGUAAAAUUUGGUAGUUUUUUUAUAUUUUCAAUUGCAAUACAUGUAUAUUAAAUAUAUUAUGUAAGAAAUGUGGUAA